AUGGCGAAAGCGUCCCCCCCAGUUCGAGAGCAGUUCUCCCUCCGCUACCUGAAACUACCGGAGGACAAGACUCUCCCGCGCUCCCUUCCGCUCAUCCUGCCCAGCACGCACGCCUGGGACGGCGAGCGAGGCAAGGUGGUCGAGAAACAUAACCCUCUCGCAGGUCUCGUAGAUGACGACGGCGUCCGCGUCCCGAGACGACCUCCGGCUGGCGAAAUAAAACUGGAGAUCGUACCCGACGCCCUUGCGUUGCUUUCGAGUGUUCGGCGACCGCUCGCCGUCCUCUCGAUAUGCGGCCCGUUCCGCUCGGGUAAAUCCUACUUCCUCUCCCGUCUUCUCGGAAAGGAGUUUUUCGAAGUGGGACACGGAAUGAAGGCGUGUACUAUAGGUCUUUGGAUGUCCACGGCUCUUCUUGAAGGCGAGGACUACUCCAUCUUGCUGGUGGAUACGCAGGGCGUCGAUUCUAUCAGUGCUACGGAGAGCAUUGGAUCCAGCCUCAUGUCUGUGACGGCUCUCCUCAGCUCCUUCCUCAUCUACAACUCCAAGAACGUCCCGGAUAAAUUCGACAUCGAGAAAUUGAGGAUCUGCGUCCUCCUGUCGUCCACGAUUCUCUGUCAAGUGAGUAGCAAGGAGCUUGCAGAUAUCAACAAGAAAUUCUUUCCCAACUUUCUGUGGCUCUUGCGUGAUUCGCACCUCCAAACGUUGGACUCCAGUAGAAGACCACUCGACCUAACCUCGUACAUACGUUCACGUGUUCUAAAACUGGACGACAGCGACUCGAGUGAAGGCAAAAGCGAGGCAGGGAAAGAAAUCAGCGGCUUUUUUCGCUCACUGGAGUGUCGGAAGCUCCCGCUUCCUUCCAUUACGCCAGUCGUCUUGAAGGACAUGUUUGGACUUAGCGACAGAAUCAGCAAAGUCUUUACCAUGGAAAUGUCGAAGACUUUUGACCUCAUCUUGCAGAGCAUGAGCCCCAAGACGUCAAUGGACAGGGCGGCGACUGUAGUCGACGGAACAAAACUGGCCGAGUUGGUUCGGAAGUUUGUCGAUGCUGUGAACACGGGCAGCUUGCCUGAUUUCAGGCAGGGGUGGAUGGCACAGGUGAGGCUUCGAUGCCAGGAAAAAAUAGACAAUAUUGUGGCAGUGUACAGGGACCGGAUGAGCCGCUGUACACUUGGAAACAAUCUACCGAUGGAAGAGGAAAGAAUUGCCGAAAUACACGGAAAGUUUGCGGACGAGAGUUUGGACGAACUGAACACCAGCCUCAGUGAAAUCGAUCCUCCGGGCAUUGCUAUCGAUCGCAACGAAACGGUUCACCUUCUUGAAGGGUUGCUAGCACAGUAUGAUGCUGGUGGAAAAGUAGUAGGUGGAGCACUGUAUCCUUAUGUGGUGGAGAACCACUCUCUUUCAAAGGAGACCUGCGAGGCACUGUGGGCUAAGCUGGUGAAAGAGUGCAACUUUUACGAAAAAGUUUCGCAGGCGGUUCGAGCCGGAGUCCCAUGUCAUUUGAAGGACGACAUUCAAAAAAUCGAAGAGAAAUUUCUUGCCAGUGCCGUGGGUCCAGCAAAGCAGGAGGUCCUUGAAAAGAGCCACAUGGAAACAGCAAAGCAGUCGGUAGAAAUGCUCUCCAAGUUGCCCGGUAUGCCACGCGACUUUAGGGUAGCCGGUGCCUCGUACAACAAGAUCAAGCUGAGCUGGGAACCGCCAAUUAUAAAUCCUCACGCGGUGGUUGUUUACAGAGUGCAGAUGAGAAUGGACGGAGGAGAAUGGAAAGUUGUGAGAGAAACCACACGCACGAGCGCGCUCAUCUCGAAUCUCGUAGACUCGGCAAAGUACGAAUUCAGUGUCGUGGCAGUAGGAGAAGAGCUGCAAGGACAGGAGGUCAGCGAAGGUGCCAAGACAAAGGUCAGCGGGGCGAGGGAGUUCACCGUGAACCUAGCCUCAGGAGCCUUCCCGGUUAUCGCGGCAGUGAAUCACUUUCUUCACGAGCGACAGAGAGGGAGGCAGGUGAACUGGGCGAAGGCCGCUGCAGCCAUUGUGCUCACGACAGCGGUGACUCCUGCCACGGUCGUAGGAUUUCCGUUUUCGGGCCCACUACUUGCGAUCUCUCUCGCCCAUGACGACCAGUUGGAGGAGCUGAGCAAGAGUUGGGGUGACAUCACGCCUGUAGUUGACUGA